UCGCUAGCAGCUCAUGACAACAAACCACAAAGCUGUGUGUGUGCAGACAUGUCGCUGCUUGAGCAGAGAGACAGAAUCCAACAAGAAAUUGAAGACUUGGAAAGAAAUUUGGGCGCCAACAACUCUGAACUAGAUCUACUUAGCACUGACUCAGAUGAAGAGUCCAAUGUGGACACAGACGAGGAGGUGGGCCAGGUGGCUGCAGACCUGCUGGCUGAGAGAGACAAGGUCCAGAGUGAAAUUCAGAACCUGGAGAACGUCCUGGGACCGCACAGUCCCAUCAGCGUGUCAGAUGAUGACAACAGCAGCAGCAGUAGCGACAGUGAGGUGGGUCUGUCCAUGUCAGUGGAAUCUUGUCUUCAGAUGAACCUGGUCUACCAGCAAGUCCUGCAGGAGAAACUCCAGCAGCUGGAGACGCUAAUGACUUACAACCUGAAACAACAGAAGGAGGUUUUGUCUGCCCUAGGCGCACCAGUCACAGAAGAGCCCGCCCCCUCCUCGUACCCCAAGCACACCCAGCCCUUGUUCCUGGGUCACUUCCUGAAGCCGUACUUCAAAGACAAAGUCACGGGUCUGGGUCCUCCGGCCAAUCAGGAGACCAAGGAGAAGAUGAGCAAGAUGAAGGGUUGCCUGGACAACAACAAGAUGAAAGUCAGACGAUGGGAGGGUUGGCAGAAGACCUUGUUGAUCGACUCCGUGUCCAGGGACUGUCUGAGGAGACACAUCCAACCUAAACUGUCCAGCGUGGACUACCUGACUCAGAAGUUGUCCUCUGCGGACGAGUCCAGUAAAGAUCAAAUCAGAGCCAACAUUGAAAGUCUGGAGAAGGAAAUUGAGGCCAUCAGAGUCAAGAAGAAGGAGACGCUGAUAGGAGAUCAGUUUGAGGACCACGACUGGCAGAAGAUCGCCAACGUUGACUUUGAAGGACAGAGAGAGGCGGACGACGUCCGUCUUUUCUGGCAGAACUUCCUUCAUCCGGCUGUCAACAAGAGCCGCUGGAGCGCGGAGGAAGUGCAGAAGCUGAAGGAGAUCAGUGGGAGACACCAGGAGAGACACUGGGACCUCAUAGCCAAGGAGCUGGGGACGGGCCGCACCGCCUUCAUGUGCCUUCAGACCUUCCAGAGGUUCAUCUCAGACUCGCUGAAGCGCAAGAAGUGGACUGAGAGCGAAGACGAGAGGUUUCGGGAACUGGUGCACAAGAUGAGGAUCGGGAACUUCAUCCCGUACACGCAGAUCAGUUACUUCAUGGAGGGCCGAGACACGCCGCAGCUCAUCUACCGCUGGAGCCAGGUUCUUGACCCCAGCCUGAAGAAAGGAACCUGGUGCCUGGAGGAAGACGAGAUGUUGCUGAGAGCCGUGAAACGUCACGGAGAGAAGAACUGGUGGAAGAUCCGCUUGGAGGUUCCUGGACGGACUGACGGGGCCUGCAGAGACCGAUACUUGGACUGUUUGAAGGAGGGAACCAAGAAAGGUGCUUUUGAUGACGACGAGCAGGAGCUCCUGAUGAAGCUGGUGGACAAACAUGGAGUUGGUCGCUGGGCAAAGAUCGCUGCAGAGAUUCCCAACAGGAACGACGCUCAGUGUCUGAGAGAGUGGAAGAAGACGAUGAGACACCUGAGAGCACCUCAUUUACAAGAGAGAAAGCAGAAUGUGUCAAAGCGUUCCAAAACGACGAAGGUGAACCAGAAGAUCAGGAAGCGGCUGUUGAACAUCAAGCUGGAGGAGACGAGCGAGGAUGAGGAUGAGGAGGAGGAGGAAGAGGAGGAGGGGGAGGAGGUGGAGUACAUGGACAGUGAUGAUGUUGAUGCUGGCAAGGUCAAGUUGAAGGACACUGUGAAAGUCAGCGUGGAGGAGAAGAAGAAGAAGAAGAAGAAGAAGCAAGUGAACUUCUGCCUGCUUCCAAUGCAUGAAUGGAUUCCUGAAGAAAAGAAUCAUCUUCUUUCCGGCCUGCUGGUGGUGACGCUGCAGUCCUCGUCUGACUCCUCCCACCAUCACACGCCAGUGCGCUCCACCAUUGUGGGCCGGUUUGGACGCUCCGUGGUGGUGGGGCCGCCCCCCCGAGAGCUGCGGCUGGAGGAGCGACAGAGCAGCGACGUGAUGCUGAUGAUGUCACUCGGCCAGCUGCGGAGUCGACUGUCUAAGAUGGCGCUGAGGUUCAAGAAGCUUCGCCGCGUGACGGACACCAGCCUGGACUACCAGCUGCAGGCGGCGGUCUCGCCGUGGAUCGGGAAUGUGCUGCUCCCGGGCGAACCCGUAACCACGCUGGCCGACGCCCUCAGAGAGUGCCGCACGGAGACCACGGUGAGCUCCACCCCUGUCUUCAUGCUGCUCCUCCACGCCAUGAACGUGGACACCGCGGGCUGCAGGGACGUCAUCGAGCGGCGAAAGGACAAUUUGGUGCCAGUGGCUCCGCCCCCUCAGCCCCCUAUGGGGUCUCGCAACCCCAAGACGGUGGCGGGUAAGCUGCAGCUGCUUUGGGCUGCCAAACAACCACCUCCAGAUGUGAAGCCGCCACCGACGGUUCUACUGCAACAGGCUCCGCCCACUCACCCCACGUUUCCUUCCAUCCACCUGGUAGCCUCCGUGGCUCCGCCCUCCUCUUCUCCAAGCAUCCCUUUUUCCAUUCAGCUCUACGCCUCCCCGCCACACCCUCCUUCCCACCAGGCCUGCCCCUCCUUGGCGGCACCGCCUGUAGCUCCGCCCCCGACGGCCACAAUGCAGGCUCUUGAACUGUCCGUCAAUCACGACCAUGCCAGCAUUGUGAAGAGUCGUCAGCCCGCCCCCAAAGCAGCGUCCACACGUGUGGGCGGAGCUUCCACGCCUGUCAUCCAGGACGGGAAGCGAGUCCGGAAGCUAAGUCAGAAAGCUAUCCAAUCACAGGCGUUGGCCAAUGGGAGGAAGAGGAAGGGCGGCGCCAUGCCACCCCCCACAAAGGUUCAGGUAUUGUCCUCCUGGACUCCAAGUGAGCAGGUCCAGCUGGGGCAAGCUCCGCCUCCAAAUCUAGUUUUGAUUGGGCCAAGUGGCCCUCAGCCUGUACCUAUAUGGCCCCGCCCCCCAGGCCUAUUCUUACAACCAGUUGGUGGCUCCUCCCCGUUUAUCUCCCCCAGACCGCCAAGUGGAUCCUUACCCUUGAUCCGUCCCAGGCCGCCAGGUGGCUCCUUCCCCUUAAUCCGUCCCAGACCGCCGGGUAACUCCUCCCUCUUAAACUCUCCCAGACCCCCAGGUAGCUCCUCCCCUUUAAUCUCCCUCAUGCCGCAAGGUGGCGCCUUCCCCUUAAUAUGUCCUCAACUGCCAGGUAGCUCCUCCCCCUUAAACCCUCCCAGACCGCCAGGUAGCUCCUCCCCUUUAAUCGCCCCCAGGCCACAAGGUGGCGCCUUCCCCUUAAUAUGUCCUGGACUGCCAGGUAGCUCCUCCCCCUUAAACCCUCCCAGACUGCCAGGUAACCCCUCCCCUUUAAUCGCCCCCAUGCCGCAAGGUGGCGCCUUCCCCUUAAUAUGUCCUCAACUGCCAGGUAGCUCCUCCCCCUUAAACCCUCCCAGACUGCCAGGUAGCUCCUCCCCUUUAAUCUCCCCCAGGCCACAAGGUGGCGCCUUCCCCUUAAUAUGUCCUGGACUGCCAGGUAGCUCCUCCCCCUUAAAUCCUCCCAGACUGCCAGGUAACCCCUCCCCUUUAAUCUCCCCCAUGCCACAAGGUGGCGCCUUCCCCUUAAUAUGUCCUAGACUGCCAGGUAGCUCCUCCCCCUUAAACCCUCCCAGACCGCCAGGUAGCUCCUCCCCUUUAGUCUCCCCCAGGCCACAAGGUGGCGCCUUCCCCUUAAUAUGUCCUAGACUUCCAGGUAGCUCCUCCCCCUUAACCUCUCCCAGACCGUCAGGUGGCUCCUCCCCCCUAACCUGUCCCCCGGCUCAAAACGUUGGCCUCCCAGCCGGGUCCCAGGUGCUGAACCUUGACCCCUCUCUGAUCUUCCCGGAGUCCAAGGCGGAGGUUUAUGAUUGGCUGAGUGGACAGGGUGGCGUGGCAGUUCCUGAACUGGGCGUGGCUCUUCCUUACCUGCCGCCCUUUGUCAGCAAUCUGAGCACGCUCAGUGUGCUCCUGCGCGCCAAAGCCGCGCUCACCAAGACCGCCAGAAAGCUGUUGAAAAGAGCGACGCAUGCUCAAAGGCGGUCCAAAUCACUGACGACCCCACAGGCCACGCCCCCACAGCUGCCAGGAGCCACUGAUCCCUCUGCGAACGCCGACGAGGAGGCGGAGCUAAUGCUGGCGAUACGUCAGCUGGUGAAGGAGCGCUUCGGCGGCAACCCCGCCUACCGGAUGCUGAGGGCCCGCUUCCUGUCUUGCUUCACCCUCCCGGCCGUUCUGGCGGCCGUGCAGCCCGUCGCCACGGCAACGCCCUCCCAUGCGGCCAGCGAGGACGAGGAAGAGCAGGAUGAAGAGGAGGUCAUGAAGGCGGUGAACAGAAGUCGGAGCGUUGAGGUGUCCGUCACCUCGUCUCAGGACCAGGCGGGACCUCCGGCCAAUCACGUCUCAGGAGUCACCGCCACUGGGCCGGCCUAGCCCCGCCCCCACGUCUUUGUUUUUUCAGCUUCAGCGCGUAAGCCUGAGAGUUCAUUUUUCAGACGUGAACUGUGUUCCUGAAUGCAUCGCCACUGUUGGUUUUAUUUUCUGAGUUAUUUAAGGGUUUUUCUGUCUUUGCAAAUAAAGUUUCUUGGAAGUUGACACAAAGUCCAAACAUUCAGGAAAUGCAGGCUUGUGGUGGCGUCC